AUCGGUAGUCGGUGCUGCGGGUUCCAUCUUUCCCGAGCUGUUUCUACACCUCGAAGUCGUCGUACAUCACAUUCCAGUGGCGGAGCGGCGGCAGAGGACACAUGAAAUAUUGGAAUCGAUGGGAAAGCAUACCUGGGAGCAGACGCUGCGACAAGAUCCGGCCGCCAAGGAACAGCAUGACAUCUCUGGAACAAAUAAAACACAGAUACAGUUUAGGUCCUUCGGAGCACGCGAAAACAUAUGGUGACUAGACUGCCGGUAGACAGGAUGCAGAUUGCGGCACAGGAUCCUUUCUCCGCUUUUCUCUGGACAAGAAACAGACGCGUGUCCUGCGUUAUGUCAGUUACGUGGAAGGAGAAAGGGCCCGCUUUUAUGGUGGGCCGGAUGAGGGUUACAACCAUGCGACGAAUUUUUGAACAGUUCACGAACUACGGAUGUGGACAUUCAUAUGGGGGACGAAGACAAUCGGAUUAAAGGUUGAUGCACCUAAUUCCGAAUAAUUAAGACGGACAAGGGUGUCGGCUCGACGAGAACUGGUCAGUGUCCCUCACGGACCCUUUUUCCUUACGUCGGCCUGGUUUUUUUCCAUUCUUCGGACUACGAGGAUUGUUCGUGGAUCGUCAAUGAAGAUUUCUUCGGGAACACCACGGAAUGACGGGACAUUCUCGAUGCUGUGUGGAAGUGACUGUCAAACCUAACACAGAAGAUUCAAUUGAAGAACUACAAGUUGAAAGAGCAGCUGGGUACUCCCGAGGAAUGAAGACUUAAUUCAAGCGCUUCAGAUUGUGAAGAACCACUUCGAAACGAAACGUCAGCACCAAUCCUUUAAAUUUGUUUUCCUAAGCAAACGGCUGCUAAAUCGAUUUCGUCGAUGAACGAAGGUGUUAAUUACUGUAGAAAGGAUCGGCGUACCUGGUGCAGCGCCAAGGAAUGAAUAGCCGACGACGAGGGCGGCGAACGUCGUCGUCAGGAGUCCGACGAGCAUCAUCGUUGAUCGGCAAAGGCUGGACCGGGUCUGGGACGGGUCGUGGCCACUGGUCGCAUCGAUAGCUGUUCCGCUGGAAGCACCGGGAUGAUUUUCAACGCGACCAGAUCUCGUCGCAGGCUUCGCCGCGCGGACUUCGCUCGACCCGGCUUAACUCACUUAAGUAGUCACAAUGGUUAUUAAUUAUCCGGAGGAGGGCACCGUUCAAGCGAUCGGCGUUGUCUGCAUCUGGCGAUCAAAAUUCCAACAACAGAAACUCUGAUUUUCCCCGAUGGCUCGACUCCAGUUGCCGAAGAACGCAGGAACGAAGAAGAGUAGAAACAAACCCUUCUUCUCCCGUUUUGAUUUUGCAAAUUUUUCCACAGGAAAAAUCAUGAUCGUACGGCUUUCAGACUUCGUGGACGCGUUUGUCGGUCAUUGGAGAGGAUCGUAAACGUGGUUGCAUGUAGAAACUAUAAUCUUGUCCUUCGAUUCUCGAAGUCGUGAAACGCAAGAGUGAAGAUGGAUUUCCUUUCACAUUAAAUCUUUGAUCGAGCGGAUCGGUAUCGGCGAUUCCAUUCGAAGUUUGGAGGAUUUCUAUUGUGUUAGAGCAACGAGUGGACGUCGUUAAUAUAAAUUCGAUGGCGAUUUACUUUCUAUGCAUGUACGGUUCACGUAUUUGCCUCACGCACCCUCCGAGCGAAGGGGACGGAGGAGGAGAGCCAGCGCGAGCAAGGGGAAAGACCAAAUAGUUCUGUGGACGUCGCAUCCUCCGUCAAUCGUCGGCUGCAUGUCAAUGAACCGGCGUCGAACAGCGGCAAAAAUCGAGAGCCAGGCUCGUAGACAGCCUCCAUAGCGCAUGCAGCGCGGGAAAUCGAGUUUCUCGCGUAAAUUUGUCGCGCGACUGCAUCGUGCCAGCGGAAUGUCCUUUGUCAACCGCGAUCUGCAUUCGCAAUGUCCGCCUCCGCCUUCCCCGUUACAUUCCACCCUGCUCGCUAAGACUAUGCACACCGUAGUUUCCAAUUUUUCUGGGACUUACGGCACCGAGGGGAACGCUAUAACAAAAAUCACCGGUGAAAUCGUCAACCGACUUGUCGAUCUUUGAACUCCUGCGACUUUAUGUACGAGUUUCUCACGACAUUCUGUUUGUGCUCAUUUUAAAGAGCGGAGUCUCUGUUUUCACACCCGUGAAUUUAGCUUUUGUUUCGAUCAUUUUUCUCCAUUGUAAAUCUGUGCUCGAAUAGAAAACUAACUUCGAGUAGAGAAGUUACUUUCUCGAGGCUUCUGCAUUAAAACGAUCACACCGAGACUAAAGAAUCUUGUUCUGUAUCGUUUCAACGUGGUUUUGCACGCGCGACCAGUGCUUGAGCCGAGCAACAGACAGGACGUUGUAAGAUUUUAUCGCCCGAGAUCAAAGAUCGACACCUGCUCAGGAUACUCUGAACAAAAAAAUCAAAGUAGUCUCCACAGGAACGAGAAUUUCCUCUAAUGCCGCUUGCCGGAGCGGUUUAAUUUUUGCUAAAGCGUUCUGCUGUAACGAAGAAAAUCCUCGCGAUUCGCUCUGCCGGAAGCAGGGCACAUCGGGCCAAUCGAUGAGGAGUGACUCACACAUACGGUCACCGCAACGAGAACAGAUUAGCCCGCAUCGAUGCUCUCCACGUUCUGCAAUUUGGAUAAUGCAGUCGAUGCUGCUCGUGCUCGCCGACUUGUCAUUAUGGAAAACUGCUUUUGUACGAGGACAAUGGGAACGCAAUGAGCGAAAUUGGGACGCAACGAGGCGGCGAUAAACGCGCCUUGAAAAAUUAGACGUUAGAGAAGGAUUUUCCACGAAGUCACUGCGCGGCGGCGCACGCUGGUCCAGAACCGAUUGUUAACUUUUGUUUUUGUUUGUUUGAGUACUUAGCUAUCGUUCGAAAGCGGUGCGCGACGAGAGAAAACGUUCCGCUUGGAAAGGUCAGCGCGUGACAAAGACGAUCGGCGAUACUCUGUGAAAAUGAUGACGGUCCUCGCGCGUUCCACGGCGAUUAAAGCGAAUUUCCUUAAUCACAGGCUUCGGCCAACGCCGUUCGAGAUUCCCGAUAGCUUCAAUCGCGUUUUAGCCGGCCGCCACGGUGCCUGGCUACCCCUCACGGACGGUGUUUAUAUGGUCGGCCUGUUAGCAACGCGUAAACGCCAGAAAAGGCGGCCUCGGUAACCCGGAAACUCGCGCCGACACUCAUAAAUAAGAUUCAAAUAUCACGAGCCUGCGCUCUAAAGGUGCCUCCAUUGAGCGCAUUGUCAUCCCAGGCUGAUAUAUGCGGCAUUUGUUCUCCGUUGAAAAUUCGCUUCGCCUAGCACGCCGAGAGACUCCCGUCUACAGAUCUAAUCAAGUUCGCGCCGGAUUUUUCUUCGGGGAACAGAAAGGGUAGAGUUUCAUGAAACUGUUUGGGGUCAAGAGUCCCGUAAAAGAUUCGCGUUAUAAGCCACCGUCACCCUUCUGGCGCCAAUCGUUCGUGAUGAAGGGUCGCAGGUGAAGUCAAACGGAAAACCGGCGGACAAAAAGCUGCAAGCUCCAGGCCGGGCGCAGAGGGUUGCAAACGAUGCACAAUGUUUUGAAUGGUACAUGCUAAUUGAUCAGAAAAGUAUGCCCCGCGAGAUGAAUAGCAAUACUUCAGAUUAGAUCUACCAGUUGCUAUAAAAGAAUGAAUUUAUUAUAUUUAGACCGCAAAUUUUUGCAUAAAAUAAAAAUAGUCUGUUACUAUCUACAAGAAAUAGAAUGCAACAAUGUAAUGUAAAAAUGAAUAUGUUUGUAUCUUGCAUUAUUAUAAAUAGCAAUCUCUAUCUGUAAUUUAUUUAUUCAAUUGUCUGAUAAAAAUGCAUAAAAUCCGCAGUCUACAUAUAAAGAAUACCAUUAACAGAAGAACUACUGAGCCGGAAACGUGACCACCGCAUUUGAUAAAAUUGGAUUUACACGCUCUUCGUAUGACUUAUAGUUUGACCAAAGAAGUUAGUAAAAAGAUGUCACGUAGAAACAUUUCGAAAAUAUCAACGACUGUAAAAGAAAUAAUCAGAAAUCAGUCGCUUCAUCACGUCCGGUAGUUCCAGCGUUAAAGGGACUAUGAAGUGGUAAAAAAAAUCAAUAAACUACAAGAUAGCAUUGUAGCUUGAUACGAGAAGUUGCGUAAAAAGAAAUGUACGACGAUUGUUGGAUUUUGUGGGAUUUAGGAAAGAAUUUGGGUUUUGUCCAGCUCAGACGGUUCGAAAGAUCGUGGGGCGACGGUAGCGCCUUCGGCAAGGUCCGCCGUGUUCGCGCAACCCUCCUAACAGCCGUGUAGACGAGUGGUGGCGGGUCGACACAGUGGGGUGGCGGAACGGGAAACUCUUUCCACGAAAGUGUUGGGGUGGAUUGGCGCUGUCCAUAUGGAGGCAAACGAGGCGCCGUGUUAGGCAGCCGGGCCUGCACGGACGCCUUGCCGUGUCUUCUGGCUAGGGAACACAGUGUCGCCGAAAACACGAGACCUCUGGCCCCGGAAGGUGGCCUUUACGAAGAGCCGGAGAGAAUUUGAUACAUAAUCCGAUAGGCCGAGUGUUGAUUGCACGCGAGAAAAAUGGCGGCCAGCAAACCACCUGAAAUGAAUUACACGUGCGAGAUCUGCGGCCUCGAGGGCUUCAACGACGAGGAGAUGAGGUCACACAUGGUGUUUUAUCAUCUUCAAGGAGCCGCAAACUGCCCCUUUUGCGACCUCGGCGAAAUCUCGCCCACGGAAAUGUUGGUGCACGUUAACAGUGCUCAUUUGGACUACUUAACACCGAGCACCCCAGAAAAUGACAUGAUGGCAUUCAUUGAUGAUGACUCAUUAGUGGAUGACCACAGACAUGAUGAGUGCCGUGGUCCUUCACCAUCCAUGUCUCUACGUCCACUUCUUUUACAAAAUGGCUGGGGCAGCUCAUCCAGUCUACGUGUUAAACCACAACCAGAACCAUCGAAGUCAGAACCACAUCAUUCUAGUUCUAAUGUGAAUAAUAAUAAUAACAAUAACAACACUGGGAAUGUCAAUAAUGUGGUAGAAGGUGCGGCUGGUCAUGGUUCUCCAUUACGUUCAGGCCUAAAUUUGCAGCUGCGUUCUCAUGCUACACCAAAACUUCCAGUUCAAGAGUGCCCUAUGUGCCCCUACAGUUCUGAUAGUCCAUUAAGGCUAGAAGAGCAUAUCAAUCGGCAACAUUUUGAUCUCACUUCACCGUCCUUUCCACCCGAAUCUCCACCAUCUCGAGAUGGUGUUUUCAACUGCCCUCUGUGUAUCACUUCAUUCCCCAACUCUUCUGAUCUUGAGCUACAUGUGAACAUAGAACACAAAGAUAUUUUGAGCCCUGCAAAUGGUGCAGCUUCACAAUCAGAUUUGGCAACCGUUGGCAGUGACACUCCAGCCUGUCCAGUUUGUUUUAGUACUUCAUUUAAAAGCAAUGAUGAGCUGACUGUGCACAUUGAAGAGCAUUUUAGCAAAAAAGGUACUCCAUCUCCCAUAACCCCAGACUUGUCCACUGACAGACUGUUGGCAAAGGACAUGGAAAGGCGUGAGAAGGAAGUUAGAAAAUUGCGAGAACAACGAGAAUUUGAAAUGUUGAGAGCGCAGUAUGGAAUGGACAAUCAGGGCAAUUUUAGAGAACAGAGUGUCACUAAUAUGCAGCGGGCUGUAUAUUCGGGUGAAAUGACGAUCGCUGAUUAUUAUGAAAGGCAGAGUGAACUUAGAGUAGCCGAAAGUAGUGGCAUUGACGACGGCAGCUCCUGCACACGUGGACUGGUCUCAAAAAUACGAGCCGUGAGUCAAGCAUGUAGCAACGUGUUGAGUACCUGGAUGUGUUCCACUGUAGAUCAUUACGCCACUACUUACGGAGACAAGGGCUGGGGAUGUGGAUAUAGAAAUUUACAAAUGUUAAUUUCGUCGCUUUUACAACAUACAGGGUAUAAUGAGUUAGUUUAUAAAGCAUGGAGUUCUGGUCUGGGUAGCGGUAGCUCCACUAAAAAUCCACUCCGAAGUUCUAUACCGUCUAUCUCCAGACUUCAAAAAAUGAUAGAAUUUGCUUGGGCUCAGGGUUUUGAUACUCAAGGAGCAGAACAACUAGGCGGUAAAUUGGUCAACACUAGGAAAUGGAUUGGUCCCACAGAAGUCGUUAUAUUGUUAUCUAGCUUGAGAAUAAAGUGUCAGCUGGUAGAUUUUUAUAGACCAACCAAUGCUGAUGGUGGACAUCCAGAAAUGUUUCAUUGGGUUUUACAAUAUUUUCAGCGGUGUGACGAUUUCAAACCACCUCUUUACCUACAACAUCAAGGACAUAGUAGAACAAUAAUAGGAGUAGAACAAUUAAGAGAUGGUUCAAUAACAAUGUUAGUACUCGAUCCAAGCCAUAAUCCAGCACAAAUGGCACAGUUUAAUAGUACAAGUAGCGCACUAGGUGCAAUGCGUUUGGUACGAAAAUCGAUUGCCGCGAUGAAAGCGAGGCAGUAUCAGGUCGUUGCAGUGACCGGUAUCAUGGAAACCGAAUUAGAGUAUCAACAAAGCAAAGUAUUACGUUUGAUCCGCGUGCCCCAAGAUAGGUGAGAUUUGCUGACCCAAAAAGGAGUUAAAUUUUGUGGAAAGAUGAUAGACUGCCUCAAACCAAUUUUGUCCGGUAUCCUUAAAGUUACGUGACCGCAAUGUUCUAGGUUUUAUCAUUAAGAGAAUUUGCUCCACCGUAGUAGUUGCAAAAAUAUUAUUUAAACGAUAUAUUCUUGCAUCUCUUAGCCGUCAGAAAUCGACUGGCUCCACGAAUUGUGUAUAAUCUAAGCCUGCGUCGCGGUUCAGAGUUUUGGAGCUGAAUAAUUCAAUCGCGAAUCAGAGGAAAAACAAAACGAAGCCGCAAAAGUUGUAAUUUCUAAAGAAACAAGUGUGUCUAAAUGUCGCGCGUAUUGAUCUUUUUCUUUUUAAGUCCAUGCUCAGCUCUGGAAAUACUAUAUUAUGAUGUGUGCUUGAGAAAAAAAAGGAAAGUUUCAGUGACGAAGUAUCUAACGGAUAGAGUUGAUUCGAUCGCCAUUUCUUGUCCACAAUGUUCUGCUCAAUUUUCGUCGCACCGAACGGGCUGUGCUAAGUUUUAGUCGACCAAUCGUCCUAUGCCAGUCGGUUGCAUCAGCGAAAAAAGCCAUGGCAGAGCUUGGGAAUCAAGACUCUUUCGUAGCUGUGAUGCUGUUAUCGAUUUUACGCUAAUCAAUCACCGAUUAUAAAUAUUUUUGAAGGCACUCCAUAAUGUCGAUACAUUGCAGAAAGCAACAUUGUCCGCGCUUACCUUCUCUCACCUGUACUCUACAUUUUUAAUAAACUUUGUUGUCAAAAUGUUGUCAAUUUUUAGUCAAUAAAAUGGAAAUACCAAUAACAAAAAUACGACGCGCACUACGAUGAGACUUUUAUAUAUUGUUACAAGCAAAAAAGUUAUUCUCUGAUAUAUAUUUUCGUUAUUUGUUGCUUUUACAUAUUUUUGGGGUGUCUACAAAAAUGGAUAAUGUAUUUCUAUAUAUUGAAUAUAUGUUUAUCUAUAUAUACAUAAACACAUAUUUGCACAGUCUUCGUUACUAUUACAUUUCACUCACUCAUACAUAAAGUACAACUACUUUCAUACUAAUUAUACAUAUUCUAUUUAAUUAUUCAAUUAAUUUAAGGCUACCCGUACAUUAGCUUGUAAGUUUAAUGCAAUGCUGUGACCGAAAGAAGGAAGUAACUACAGUCCAUUUACUUGUUACUUAUGAAUUUGAAAGAGUUGUAAUUGAGUAAAUGAUUAUUAUUAUUAUUAUCAUCAUUAUUAUAUUUAUUAUAUCUGAUAAAUUGUACUGAUAUAUAUUGUAUAUUAUAUAAGAUCUAUUUAUUAUAGUUGAAAAUAUUUGAGACCAUCGAAAAGUUUGACAUACUUCAUUAUGAAAAUGUUAUAUUAUGAUUUUAUAGCUUUAAUAACUUAUGCAUUAAUCUGAAGAAAAAUUUGUCUUUCUGCUCAGUAGGACCAGAUGCAAUAAUUACGACUGACAGCAAAGAUAUAAGAUAAUUAAUGCCUGUAUUGGAUUUUGAUGUAUGCAAAUUAAGAAUAUGUUCAUCAUUUUGGAGUGUUCAGGCAAAUCAAGCUGUGGAAUUGUUGCGCAAGUGUAAAAAAAAAACUUCGUAUUAACCAUAUGUCAAAUUAAAAUAUAUGCUUUGUUAGAAUUCCCAA